UCACUCCGGGGAUCCCUAAACGCAGCUCUGACAGCCACCAUGUCUGCUCAGAACGAAGGAGGCCGGGACCCCCCCAAAUCCAAGGGCAAGGGCCUCAGUGGUUUUUUUGGGUCCCUGCCCGGCUUCAGCUCUGCCCGGAACCUGAUCACCAAUGCGGCUGGAACCCCCAAAGAUGCCCGAUCGGGCUCUGGCCAGCCCCAGGCUCAGGGGGCCACGGGCCAGGAGCAGUCAUCCAUCCUUUCUCUUCAGAUGAUCUCUGGGGCCAAGGACCUGGUAAGCUCUGGAGUGACCAAGACCAAGGAUGCACUCUCUUCUGGGAUGACCAGUGUGACAGAUAGUGCCAAAGGCAUGGUACAGGGAGGCCUGGACAUGACCCAGUCUGUUUUUGAGGGUGCCAAGGGGGCUGUGGCCAGCGGGGUCACAGGGGCAGUGGACAUGGCCAAAGGCACAGUCCAGACGGGCCUAGACACCACCAAGACUGUCCUGACAGGCACCAAGGACACUGUGACCACUGGUUUCUCAGGUGCCAUGAACAUGGCCAAGGGCACCAUCCAGACAGGCCUGGAUACCACCAAGACCGUCCUGACGGGCACCAAGGACACAGUCAGUAGCGGGGUGACCGGGGCCGUGAAUGUGGCCAAAGGUGCAGUGCAGGGUGGCCUGGACACUUCUAAGGCUGUGCUGACAGGCACUAAGGACACAGUAACUACUGGACUCUCGGGGGCCAUGAAUGUGGCCAAAGGGACGAUGCAGACAGGCCUGAACACGACUCAGAAUAUAGUGACAGGCACCAAGGACACCGUGACCGCUGGGCUCUCAGGGGCCAUAAAUGUGGCCAAGGGCACUGUCCAGACAGGCCUGGACACCACCAAGACUGUCCUGACAGGCACCAAGGACACAGUCAGUAGUGGAAUGACCGGGGCCGUGAAUGUGGCCAAAAGUGCUGUCCAGGGUGGGCUGGACACUUCUAAGGCUGUACUGACAGGCACCAAAGACACAGUGACCACUGGACUCUCAGGGGCCAUGAAUGUGGCCAAGGGCACGGUCCAGACGGGACUGGACACUUCUAAGGCUGUCCUGACAGGCACCAAAGACACCGUGGCUACUGGACUCUCAGGGGCCAUGAACGUGGCCAAAGGCACGGUGCAGACAGGCCUGGACACCUCCAAGACUGUCCUGACGGGCACCAAGGACACAGUUUGUAGUGGAAUGACUGGGGCCAUGAAUGUGGCCAAAAGUGCUGUCCAGGGUGGGCUGGACACUUCUAAGGCUGUACUGACAGGCACCAAGAACACAGUGACCACUGGACUUUCAGGGGCCAUGAAUGUGGCCAAGGGCACGGUGCAGACAGGCCUGGACACCUCCAAGACUGUCCUGACAGGCACCAAAGACACAGUUAGUAGUGGGGUGACUGGGGCCAUGAAUGUGGCCAAAAGUGCUGUUCAGGGUGGCCUGGACACUUCAAAGGCUGUGCUGACAGGCACCAAGGACACAGUGACAACUGGACUCUCAGGGGCCGCAAAUGUGGCCAAAGGGGCGAUGCAGACAGGCCUGAAUAUGACCCAGAAUAUUGUGACAGGCACCAAGGACACCGUGACCGCCGGGCUCUCUGGGGCUGUGAACAUGGCUAAGGGCACUGUCCAGACUGGCCUGGACACUAGUAAGAAUGUCCUAACAUGCACCAAGGACACAGUGACCACUGGACUCUCCGGGGCCAUAAAUGUAGCCAAGGGCACGGUCCAGACAGGCCUGGACACCACCAAAAAUGUUCUCACAGGCACCAAGGACACAGUCAGUAGUGGUGUGACCGGGGCUGUGAAUGUGGCCAAAGGUGCAGUGCAGGGUGGCCUGGACACUUCUAAGGCUGUGCUGACAGGCACCAAGGACACUGUAACCACUGGAUUCUCAGGGGCCAUGAACGUGGCCAAGGGGGCCAUGCAGACAGGCCUGAACACGACUCAGAAUAUAGUGACAGGCACCAAGGACACCGUGACCGCCGGGCUCUCAGGGGCCAUGAACGUGGCCAAGGGCACAGUGCAAACAGGCCUGGACACCACCAAGACUGUCCUGACAGGCACAAAGGACACAGUCAGUAGUGGAAUGACCGGGGCCGUGAAUGUAGCUAAAGGGGCAAUGCAGACGGGCUUGAAUAUGACACAGAAUAUCGCGACAGGCACCAAGGAUACAGUGACCACCGGGCUCUCGGGGGCUGUGAAUGUGGCCAAGGGCACCAUCCAGACAGGCCUGGACACUAGUAAGAAUGUCCUGACAGGCACCAAGGACACCGUGACCACAGGACUCUCGGGGGCCAUGAACAUGGCCAAGGGCACCGUCCAGACUGGUCUGGACACCACCAAAAAUGUUCUCACUGGCACCAAGGACACGGUCAGUAGUGGAAUGACUGGGGCCAUGAAUGUAGCUAAAGGGGCGAUGCAGACGGGCUUGAAUAUGACACAGAAUAUCGCGACAGGCACCAAGGACACUGUGACUGCUGGGCUCUCUGGGGCCAUGAACAUGGCCAAAGGCACAGUUCAGACUGGCCUGGACACUAGCAAGAAUGUCCUGACAGGCACCAAGGACACCGUGACCACAGGACUCUCGGGGGCCAUGAGCCUGGCCCAGGGCACUGUGCAGACAGGCCUGAAUACCUCAAAAGCUGUGUUGACAGGCACCAAAGAUGUGGUGUCCACUGGGCUGACCGGAGCCCUGGGGGUGGCCAAAGGGGCCAUGCAGACAGGUCUGAACACAACUCAGAAUAUCGCAACAGGCACCAAAGACACGGUGACUGCCGGGCUCUCAGGGGCCAUGAACAUGGCCAAGAGCACUGUCCAGACUGGCCUGGACACCACCAAGAAUGUUCUCACAGGCACCAAGGACACGGUGACCACAGGGUUCUCUGGAGCCAUGAACGUGGCCAAGGGCACUGUCCAGACAGGCCUGGAUACUACCAAGACGGUUCUGACGGGCACCAAGGACACAGUCAGUAGUGGAAUGACCGGGGCAGUGAACGCAGCCAAAGGGGCCAUGCAGACGGGUCUAAAUAUGACGCAGAAUAUCACCACAGGCACCAAGGACACCGUGACUGCAGGGUUCUCGGGGGCAAUGAACAUGGCCAAGGGCACAGUCCAGACUGGCCUGGACACUAGUAGGAAUGUCUUGACAGGCACCAAGGACACAGUCAGUAGUGGGGUGACUGGGGCUAUGAAUGUGGCCAAAGGAGCUGUGAAGGGAGGCCUGGACACAACCAAGAAUGUCCUGGCUGGCACCAAGGACACGGUGACCACAGGGCUCUCAGGGGCCAUGAACAUGGCCAAAGGGACAAUGCAGACAGGCCUGAACACGACCCAGAAUAUCGCAACAGGUACCAAGGACACAUUGUGUGGAGGGGUGACCGGAGCCAUGAAGAUGGCCUCAGGGGCUAUCCAGGGGAGUCUGGACGCGUCCCAGAACUUCUUUGCGGCCACUAGAGAGGCCGCAUCCACUGGAUUGAUGGGCACCAUGCACGGAUGGUUCCCAGGGUCUCCAGGCCCCACCUGUUGUGGGACCCCUGACCAAGGAGGUCAACAAGCUGCUGGAGACCCCCAAGAAGCUGUGUGUGCUGGGGACGCCACUGUCCUAUCCCACAAGGGCACCCCGGCCCCCGCCACACACCGGGAUCUGUUGGAGGAUAUGGGGGAGAUCUUUCACCCCAUGAACGCUGAGGAGCAAGCCCAGCUGGCAGCGUCUGAACCAGGUCCCCAAGUGCUCUCAGCAGACCAGAGCAGUUAUUUUGUGCGUCUGGGCAAUUUAGCACCUGGCUUCCGUCAAAGGGCCUUUGAACACUCCUUGUGCCACCUUCAGCAGAGCCAGUUCCAGGCCCGGGCGGCGCUGGCCCAGCUCGAGGAUUCCUUUCGGCAGGAGCCAGAUGCCCGCACCCUAUCUCGGGCCCGCGGCGCCCUCCAGCAACUCCAUGUGGCCUACAGUGGACUGGGAGCAGGGCUGCAGGGCCUGGGAGCUGAGCAGCAGGCGCGGCUGGGCCGGGCGCGGCAGAGCCUGUGUGAGCUCUAUGGGCUGGUGGCAGCCGCCGCAGCCGGGGGCCCUGGCACCGAGCUGGCCGCUGAGCACUUGCUUCCGAGCCAUGAGCGUGUGCACCAGGCAUGGCAGGAGCUGGAGCAGCUUCUGGAUGGGCUGCAACAGUGUCCCCCACUGGGGUGGCUGGUGGGGCCCUUUGCCACCCGCCCUGCUGGCCAGUCGCAGCUGUAGGGC